AAUAGUGUUAUAUGUAGGCAUUUCCCAUGGGACUAAUGCAUUUUCUGAUGAAUAUAAAUGAUAUUUAUAUAGGACCCAACAGGAACCAUACAUUAAAUAGUCUAGAUAUGCAUUGCAAAUCUGCCUACGAACGGCUUCCAUGGUGAGUGUUGUUGUGCACAUGUUAGUGACCACAACAAAACACUCACCGCAAAAUUGAACGAACAACUGAGUUCCUCUGGGAUUACUAUUUGAGCUACGGAAUUUGUGACAUAUUUGCUUUGGAAUAACUAAUAAACUAUUUAAUGAUCUGGAAGUAUGUGCUGGUUUGAUUCAUUGUUAGACAAGCACGUGGCUUUCCGACUGAAACUUAAAACGAAGCAUGACUUGCAAUUGCAAAUUACUACGUAGGAAUAACGAAUGAUUUGUGUAGAUACAAAUGCUACUUCAACCACGCGAGUUACGUCAUUGAAGACACCCCUUCUGUCGAGUAAAGUGUUUCGCAUAGUUUUCCUGCUGUCAAGUGAGUCAGUGCUCUACACGGUCUUCUGAUCCAGUGCAAUUAGAGGAAUGAAUUCGAUUCUGAUCACCGGCUGUAAUCGAGGACUUGGCCUUGGACUAGUAAGAAGCUUCCUAAAACAUCCUUCCUCGCCGCGGCACAUAAUAGCAACCUGCCGUAAUAUUCAGCAAGCCGAGGAACUCAACUCAUUGGCACAGGAGCACGCUAACUUACAUAUUCUUCAAAUCGAUUUGAAGGAUAUAGACAAGUACGAAGAUUUUGCUAGACAAGUGGAAUCAAUUGUCCAAGAUAACGGUCUGAACGUGUUGUUUAACAAUGCAGGUAUAUCGCCUAAAUCAACACGGCUUGGGUUCGUUAAAAGCGAUGAUCUGGUGGAAACAUUCGUAACCAAUACCGUCGCCCCUAUAAUGCUAACCAAAGCACUGGUUCCUCAAUUGAAGAAAGCGGCUGAGUUCAACGCUUCGGCACCGAUUGGACCGCAAAGGGCAUGUAUCAUUAACAUGAGCUCGAUACUCGGUUCGAUUGAGGCCAACUCGGACGGGGGAUUGUACGCCUACCGAACCUCUAAGUCGGCACUGAAUGCUGCCACCAAAUCAAUGAGCAUCGACUUGAAACCCAACAACAUCAUGGCCGUUGUGCUGCAUCCUGGUUGGGUACGAACGGACAUGGGUGGCUCGAAGGCCCCUCUAUCCGUAGAACAAAGUUGCACGAAGAUAGUGCAAACGGUUAUGACAUUGAGUGAACAGCAUAACGGAUCUUUUUUGCAGUACGACGGUAGGCAGCUGCAGUGGUAGAAUUUGUCUCCAUUCAAUUGUUGUUUUCCGAACGUUGUUUUGUUUUUGUGAAUAAAACCAUUCUAAAUGUUUCAUA